CUUCCCCUGCAUCCUCCCCCUCGCUCUCAGGACUCCUCCUCCUCCGGCCCCUCAGAUGCAGGAGCAGUGGGUGAGGCGGGGGUCAAAGUUAACGCAGCUCAUCGCAGUAACAGCUCAGAUGGCCACCUAGACCGCAUCAACUUCCCGGAGGAGGAGGGGGGGCCACAGCAGGGAGGACUGUGGGUAAAUGGUCUGCCGGGGUCCAGAGGAACAAACGCCACUGGUGCAUUCAGGAGCUCUGAGACGCUGACGGACGGAUGGACAAGGACGAAUAACAGACCUGUGGAGGGAGGAGCGAUGGGAGGAGGGGCAGGGCGUGGAAGAGGGGGAGGAAGAGGAGUGGGGUACAGCGAGGUCCUGCUGGACUACGUCUGGGGGAAACAGCAGCUGCUGCAGCGACAGCAGUCCCAGGCCAGUAACAGACAGCCAAUCACAUCGCAGCACCAGCUGCUCUACAACGGUCACUCCUCCUCCCAGCAGCCCCCCGGAGCCCCGCCCACCUACCAUGGUCACCACAGCGACCAGCGGCGAGUCAAAGUGACCCGCACCAAAUCCUGCGGCCCCUUUCUCCCGGUGCAGCAGAGCCAGUCCGAUACCCAUAAUCCUCCUCUGUCCGCCAUCCAGCCUGAUCCCCACCCCCACCUGCUGCCUCCUCGACCCCCACAGCUGCCCCCCAACCAGGACACACAGCUGGAGGAGGCCACCAGGAGCCUCCACAAGGCCCUCGCCCUGGAAGGUCUGAGGGACUGGUACCUGAGGAACACCAUAGGCUCCACCCACCAAAACCAGGCCAAUGGAAAGGUGAACACAGGGGUCACCACAGGGGCAUCAACUAAGGUGAACGGGGGGGUCAAAGGUCAGGCAGGUGGAGGCGGAGCUCUGCAGCGCAGACGGACAACUCACGGUGUCAUCCAACAGUCAAACUAUCAGACCGAGGAGAGUCAUCAUCACGCUCCGCCACAUUACAAACAAAUGCUGCCGCAUUCAGCCACGUUCCAUGGACGCCCACUGCACGGCAGGUCUAUGGACAGCUCUCUCUACCAUGACUCCUUCCCUCCUCAGAAACAGGAAGUUCUUCUCAAAGACCCGUCUGUUGACCAACCGUCUCCUGGGACUCUGGUCUGACUCACCGACCAAGCAUCACACUGACAGACGGAUAAACAGACCAAUCCUAGGCUGGCUUCCUGGGAUCAACCACCCGUAGUCACCUGGACACACAGAACCUCCUCCUGUUCUCCAGGACCUGCAGCUCAGUGUUGACAUGAGGUGGUUCUCUUCAGGUCGCUGCAGCAGCUCCUCACAACUUUUUUCUCUCUGACUUCACCUGAAACCCCGCCCACCAUGAUGUCACAGAGGAUGAUGAUGAUGUCAUUGCCCAGGUUGAGUCUGUGGAUAAAAAAAAACAGACAGAAUGACUGGAUAAACCACAAAGCUGGCUGAGGUGUAUCUGGUAUCUGGACUCAGGUCAGCUGACCAUCCUCUCCAGGUUCAGGUGCUGCUCGGCUUUAAUGAACUGGUCUUUGUAUCAGGGAUAGAAAUGAACUCGAGGACACGUCUAAACAUCGUGGACCUGGACUUGUUUCCCGUUUACUUCUGUCGUGGGUUGUUUCUAAUUUUUUUACGACAGUGUCCUCGUCUCUCAGCCUCUGCUCAGACAAUCAGGACACAUCAGAGUUUUUAUAAGAACUUUUGAUAACAGUGAGGAUGAUGAUGAUAAUGACGAUAAUGAUGAUGAUGAUGAUGAUGAUGAUGAUGAUGAUGAUGAUGAUGAUGAUGAUGAUGAUGAUAAUGAUAAUGAUAAUGCACUCUCUCUGAGGACACAAGCGUUUAGAUAUCACCAGCUCAGUCCAGCCAACCAGCAGUUUAUAAAUCUGAAAGAUGAACUUUUGAUAAAGUUAAACUGAUCAGAUCAGGUGACCUUGAUCCCUCAGGUGAGUUCUUCUGAAACCAGCAGGUGAAGUUCUCCAGGUGUUUUUACAGUAUGGACUCAGUGUCUCUGCACUAACCGUGAAGCAGCUGAUGCAGAUUGAUGAGCUCAACUGAGCUUCCUGUUGUGUCUCUGAUCAUAUUAAAGAGUGAAAAGCAGCAGGUCGGUGACAGAGUCACCACUGCUGAGACAGAUCCAGUCCCAGCAGCCCUUACAGCAUCAGGAGCCUCAGAACCUGAAGGAUCCAAACCAAAGGUAAUGUGCUCACAGCAGUGUUGUGCACAUACUGAUCAAGUUAAUGUACGAAUAGACAGGUUCCCUUUGUACCUCCAGGUGUGCAGGAUUUGGCCCCGCUCUCUGCCCAUUAUGGUCAUUGUAAAAUGCUUCAUGAUAACCUGUUGUUCCUGUGGAGAACAGCAGCUGGUCUGAAGAAAUAAACACAACAGAAGCUGAUAUGUUGUGAUUGAUGCAGCAGCCUAUUAGCCUGUUAGCCUGUUAGUUUUACAGACUUUUAGGCUGUUAGCAUGUCAGCCUGUUAGCCUGUCACACUUUUAGCCUUUUAACCUGUUAGACUUUUAGAUUUGUCAGACUGUUAGCCUGUUGGCCUGUUAGCUUGUCAGACUGUUAGCCUGUUGGCCUGUUAGCUUGUCAGACUGUUAGCCUGUUGGCCUGUUAGCCUGUCAGACUGUUAGCCUGUUGGCCUGUUAGCUUGUCAGACUGUUAGCCUGUUACAAACAUCUAACACGGUUAGAUAUUUGGGACAUCACAUAUUAAAUUAAUGUUCUGAUUUGAAGUGAUAUAAAUAUUCAACUAAUCAGUGCACCUCUAGAUCAAUAUAAAAGAUCAUUAAGUUUCACCUUCUGUUUCUCCAAAGUGUCUGUAGACCUGGAUACACUUGUACAGGUGAAUGUUCUCCUGUCAGGUUUGUUUUAUAAAUCCAACCUUUUUCCUAUUGGUGUAAGACUUCACAGAUAGACAGUGAUACAACAGGUCACAUGAUACACACUUGUGACAUAGCAGCAACAGACCAUGCAGAGAAUACAACAACUGUUGCUGUUGCUAACAACAACAACAACCACCAUGUGGUUUUCUUAGAGCAGAGGCUCCUGAUGCUGACGGGCUGAGAGCUGCUUCACUGGUCAUACUGGUCCUCUGUCUGUUUUAUUGAACAUCUCAGUCAAACAUGAAAACAGAUCUUCCUUCCUCCUCCUGACUGAGACAGGAACUGCAGUCAGAGCUGAUCAGGUCCAGGUCUUCAGUCUCUGCAGGACUUCAGAAUCCAGAUCCAGGUCCGGUCUGAGAGCAAUAAGAGGAUCUCUGUGUUUCAAUUGUUUCAGGAUAAAAAUGGUUUGCAGCGACAAUCAGACAAUGAUGUCAGUGUUUGUAUUGUGAUUGAUUGGUUUAUUGAUCCUGUUUUGUACUGAGCUCCAGUGAAAAGAUCACUUUAAUGCAGCUUUGUAAACCAUGUGAAGUAUUGAUGGAGGUCUGAUGGUGUCAGGUCUGCUCCACCUUUAUUAUAGAAUAUUGAUUAUUACUGUUUGAUGAUAGGUUUUCUCUGCUGACACCUGCUGAGUCUGUGUUCCUGUGGUCAACAUAAGAACGUGCUUCAUGUUGUUUUGUUGCUGGUCUGUUAUCAGUUUGUUCUCUGAACCAAAAACUCUGAGUCUGUGCUUUGGUUCUGUUCUGAGAUCAGUUUUUAAAAUCAGGUUGUUCAGCUCCACAAAAACCAGUCUGACCUCCAGUUCCCUCCAAACGCAGCCGCGGUCACAUGACAGGUCAGAGGUCAGACGCUUGUUAUUUAAAACCUUCAAACAGCUGGUUAAUGACUGACAUGUGUGGCAUCAAUAAGAACACAUAUACACUGACUCCACACUGAUGAACAGGUGAGCAGGUAUCUGCAGCAGGUAGACACAAACCACUCAACCUCAUUACUGCCAAAUGAAAUAAUAAUAUUGACACAAUAUUUACUGGCUCAACAUCUGUGUCUGGACCCUCAGAACCAGAUCAGUUCUCCCGCACAACUCCACAGGUAGAGCAGAAGACUGAUGUCACUCUACAGGUAACUGGUCUCUUCACCUGAUUGGCUUCUCCACAACAAACCAGAAUCAACAGAGCAGCAGAUCAAACAGUUAUCCAAAUAUAAGCCCCACCCAUCUUCAGAAACCCAAGCACAGGAUUGGACACUGCAGCUGUCACCCUCUGAUUGACAGAGGUCUGACCACACUGAAUAACUUCUGUCUCAUUAACAUCUGUGGUUUGUUUAGAAGACUGACCCCAGCUCUCAUGUGACCAUGGCUUCAGUCCCAGCAUGCACCUCUUCUCACUCCGGUCUUACACCAAAGCAGAACAGAUGUCAGGACAAGACAGAAACACAAAUGUAAAUAUACUGAGUGACUGUUUCAUGACUGUUUCAUGAACCAGUCUGAAUACUGCAGUACCAGUGUGUAAUACUCUGAUACUCAGAACAGUAUUGCACAGUAGAAGUAUUCAGGGCUGUAGUCAGGAUUAUAGAGGCCACAGGUCUCCAGCAGUACUCCACCAGCUGCCAACCAAACUCUGUGCAAUUUUCUGACUAUUUAAAAAGUCUGUUUAAUCAUUGAACUGUAACUGUUGAUUUUGUCUGGUGCUGUUUUUUUCAUUCUACUGAUCAUCAGUUCAUUUAAUAUUGAUUUAAUAUAUUUGUUUGACUCAAACCUUCAGAUUUAGUCUCUGAAUCCAUCAUCAUGUAUCAGGUUUAACAGGUGUAGUGACAGGAGGUGAACUCUGUGUCCUCAGACCUGCAGCCCUGACACUGUUCAGUACUGUACUGUAGUAGUACCUGUACCAUGCAGUACUAGUACUAACUACAGUACUCUGUUGUACCAGUAGGACUUGUGAUGAUGUCCUGUCCCCCUUCAGGUCCAGGACCAGCUUUGUGGACAGUCAGUGUGAUGUCACAGCUGUCUCUGCUGUGAUGUGUUCAGGUGCACUCUGUACAGUUGGUUUUUGUCUCUUAACUUUGUGUAAAAAUCAUUUUCUAUCUUUUUGGACUCUUCAGUCAUUUGUACUUUUUCACUCUGAAUCUUUCUGCUGUAUCAUAUUGGACAAUGAAAAAGCUUACUGUAAAUAAAUGACUGACAGGCUGUAAACAUGCUUUUUUUAAAUAAAGUUUUGUCUUCACGGUU